UAAAAGAAUAAGAAGAAGGAGAGAAUUUAAAGAGAAGAAACUCAGAAAAAGAGACAUAAAAAGAAGAAAGAAGUGAACAGUUGGGGGAGUUUGUUGCUCGGCUGGGAAUCCAUCCAGCACUCGAGAGAGUUUGUGUCCAAGUAAACGGACAAAAACCAGUGCAACUGGAAGUGUACUGGGAGGACGGACUGGUUUGUACCCACAGCGAGCUGACUGCCAAGCAUCAUGGCUGACAACGUGAACGAGGAGUCGGAUUAUAACCCGGGGAAAGAUGAGCUGGACUGGGGCUACGAGGAAGGUGUAGAAUGGGGACUCCAUUUCCCAGCAGCCAACGGUGAGUACCAGUCUCCCAUCAACCUGAACUCCAGGGAGGCCCAGUACGACCCGUCCCUGCUGGAUGUCGGCCUGUCACCCAACUACGUGGUGUGUCGAGACUGUGAGGUCAUCAACGAGGGACACACUGUCCGCAUCAUCCUCAAGUCCAAGUCAGUUGUUACCGGGGGUCCGUUGCCUAGCGACCACGAGUAUGAGCUCCACGAGGUUCGGUUCCACUGGGGCAAAGAGAACCAGAGAGGGUCAGAGCACACGGUCAACUUCAAGGCCUUCCCCAUGGAGCUCCAUCUGAUCCACUGGAACAGCACUUUGUUCAACACUUUGGAGGAUGCUCUGGGGAAGAAGAAUGGGAUCCUCAUCAUCGCUCUUUUUGUGCAGGUUGGUAAGGAGCAUCUGGGUCUGAAGGCCAUCACUGAGGUGCUGCAAGACCUGCAGUACAAGGGCAAGAACAAGAUUAUCCCCUGCUUCAACCCCAACACGCUGUUACCAGACCCUUUACUGAGAGACUACUGGGUGUAUGAAGGAUCUCUGACCACGCCGCCCUGCAGUGAGAACGUGACCUGGAUCCUCUACCGCUACCCUCUCACCGUCUCACAGCUGCAGAUCGAGGAGUUUCGCCGGCUGCGGUCACAUGUCAAAGGGGCGGAGCUACUAGAGGGGAACGACGGGAUGUUGGGGGACAACUUCCGUCCCACCCAGCCGCUCAGUGACAGGACAGUCCGUGCCGCCUUCCAGUGACCUUUAGUUCCUGCUGCCAACCCAGAAAGUCUCUGGGACCUACAGAGACAAAGAC